UUGCACGAGCAGACAGAUGUGGAAAUGUUUCCGACAAAAUUAUCACCUUAUUUCAAUGGAGAGGAUAACUGGUGGGUUGUAUUCGGCAGCUCCUCACUCAGUCCGUCGAGCCUCCUCAACCUCCCAAUCACCCGAUGAGAAACAGUCUGCAGAAUCCAAAGAUCUGGUGUCUGCAAUGAUCGCUGCAGCUCACGACAGACGCACAGCCUAUGACUCGUUGAUUCAGAAGGAGCAGGAAGCGUAUGAGCGGGGGCGCCGUCACCUAGCUAACAUGAUGGGUGAAGAGCCGAGUACCUUCACACAAGACGAUAUCAAUAGGUCAAUCCGCUAUUUAUUCCCAUCUGGCCUGUUUGAGAAGAACGCCCGACCCCUCAUGCUUCCACCAACGGAGAUCUACCCACCCCAGAAGGCUGCCCAGUUUGCAGUGGAUGGACGUCCCUUUGACUCUAUGUUCUACACAGGGAAGCCUAACUACUACAAUCUCAUGCAUGAAACCUAUGCAGAGCUUCAGAGAGUGAUUGCUAUCGAGGACGCUUGCUUCAAGAAAGGACUCCUGAAUCCAACCACAGAGAAACUGGAACUUGGGAGGAGUGAGUGGAAAGAGAAGACCGGAUUGGAACGGAUGAUUAUUGAAGAGCUAACUGAUAGUGACUAUCAAAAGUUUGUCGCACUGAUGGAGAGAAUUUUGCAGCAGCCCUUUGCUAAGGAGGCGGAGGGAUACGUUGUUAAAUUCAGGCGUGAUCUGGUCGCUGUACUAAGCCGUGAAGUCAUUGAACCAAUCAUGUACGAUGAAUCCGGUAGAGCAUACUCCACAGGAAUGGGUAGGAGGAAAGAGGCCUCCGCUAAGGUGACCCUCAAGGACCAGGGAAGCGGACAAGUCGCCAUCAAUGGUCGCAGCUUCAUCAACUAUUUUGGCUCAUUGGAAAACAGAAUUCAGGUUAUGUUCCCGCUUCAUUUCAUUGGUAUGCUGAACCGGUUUGAUCUAGAGUGUCAAGUGAGUGGGGGCGGAUCCUCUGGCCAAUCAGGGGCCAUUAGGCUGGCCACAGCCAAAGCCCUCCGCAGCUUUGUAGAUGAUGCUACCAUAGAGAAAAUGAGACAAGCUGGUCUUCUGACAAAAGACCCACGCAUUGCAGAGAGGAAGAAACCAGGCCAGAAAGGAGCAAGGAAAAAGUUCACCUGGAAGAAGAGGUGAUCCCAGUCAACUACUAUGAGUUUCUAUUGCCUCAUUAAUCCUCCAAAAUCGAUCAAUAUGUGUUUAUAGGAUCCCUACCGCCCAAAUAUAUCAAUAUUGCAGUAGCCCCCCCCCCUACUGCCCAAAUCUUUCAAAAUCAAUCGACAUGUGAGUUUAUGUAAGACCCCUACUGCCCAAAUCCUCCAAAAUCAAAGUGAGUUUAUGUAUUGUAGGAUGCCCUACUACCUCAAUCCUCCAAAAUCAACCAGAAUGAUUGUAUGUGGGAUCCCUACUGCCCAAAUCCUCCAAAAUCAACCAAUGUGAGUUUAUGUAUUGUAGGGUGCCCUACUACCUCAAUCCUCCAAAAUCAACCAGCGUGAUUGUAUGUGGGAUCCCUACUGCCCAAAUCCCCCAAAAUCAGCCAUUGUGAGUUUAUGUAUUGUAGGGUGCCCUACUACCUCAAUCCUCCAAAAUCAACCAGAGUGAUUGUAUGUGGGAUCCCUAUUGCCCAAAUCCUCCAAAAUCAACCAAUGUGAGUUUAUGUAUUGUAGGGUGCCCUACUACCUCAAUCCUCCAAAAUCAACCAGCAUGAUUGUAUGUGGAAUUUUCAUCUUUGAGAGAAUAAGGCCAUUUGCAAAGGGCACUUCCAUUGGGAAAUAAUAAAAGUCUAUGCUAUGAAUCUGGAAUACGGCCCUCUCAGGGUAUACUUGCGGUCAAAGACCAAUAUUCUCACCUCACUUGGUGUGUCCCAACCUGUGCAUAAAAUAUCAAACCUG